UCCAGCAACGACUUCAAACCUCCAUCAACUGACCUCAACUCGUUACCAAAAUUCAGGUGCCUUGACAGAGCCCACAGGAUGCUGUCCGGUGAAGCGGCUGAUGUCCGGCACUGCGUCCUGACAAACCGCUGGCUGCCCGCAGCUCUGGCACUACUCCUCCUCCUCUCCUCCAGCUUCAGCCGCGCGCACAGCACCACAGUGGAGCACGACUUCCACAUUGUUCACAACGUCGACAACAGAAGUCCAGAAAUAGACCCAUUCUGGUAUGUGGGGCGUGGUGUGAGGCCCAUCGGGCGCUUCGGGAAGAGACACAGCAGUGUGGAUGUGUUGGAUGGCGGCAGGAUGCAGCCUGUCGUCAGGACAUUGAUGCUACUGCUUAACAGCCUCAGAAACAAGGAAAACCUUAGAAAAGUACUUGAUGGAGAGGAUGGUGAUUGGUUACCAUGACAACAAGCUCUCCUUCUCCAUCCUUCAAAAAACUCUUAGUGUCUUUAGAUUUUAUCUCACUUGAGGUUGCAUUUCUCUUUCUUAACUUUAUCUAUAUUAUGAAGCUGAUCGGAUCAUUGCUGAAGUCAUUCUCCAAAGUUUUCUGUACAUAAAAAAAAAUCAUUCUAUAUUGAUUAAUAAAGCAGGA